UCAGGAUCCAGUUUAUUAGUGUGGAUGCUAAUAAACAUUUGAAUAAAGAAUAACAUUGUUGUCAUUGUUGAUUUUGUGUCUUCACCCUGAGUCCAUCGCCUGCCAAGCUGCACCUGUGAUUCUACGGCUGCUCGCUGAUGAGCUGACCGAUAAGUAAAUCUUUUCUUGGAUUUUAUCCUCUGCAUCCUUACCCAAUCACCUCUGCCUCCCACAGGACGCCAGCCUGCCCUGUUGAAACACUUUUUUUUUCAGUGUUUCAACUGAAAAAAUAGAAUGCCUUUUAUCCAAAAUAGAAUGCCUUUGAUCCUUUGAUAUGUCAUCAUCUUGCUGAGAGGCAAAACCCAUAAAUAGAGGCUUUGCUCUGUUAAACUUCACUGCUUAACGGACGUAGACCUGACAGCAGCCACAGCCCUUUUGGAAAGUUUUGAGAGAAUUUCACAUUUCUCAGCAAUUCACCGACCAAGCCGACACAUUUCAUCAUGUCAGCUAACCCAUCCUUCAGCUCAGAUGAGCUUGAAAUAGUUGAAGGGAGCAUUUUGGGAAACCACUACAAGGUAGAGGCCUUCCUCGGAGAAGGGGGCUUUGGUAUUGUAGCCAAAUGUCGUGAUACCAGGACCAACCGAGCUGUGGCUAUUAAAGUCAACAAGAGCCGCCCUGAUAUUCUGCAACAGGCAAAACUGGAAAUUUUCAUCCUGGAGCAGGUGCGAAGGUUGGAUCCAGAUGCUGCCAACAUUGUUAAAUGGGACGGCUUUUUCCACGACGGAGAGCGGGUUUGCUUAAACUUUGAACUCCUUGAUCAAUGCCUGUGGGACUAUAUACGGGACCGGAAUAACGAGGGUCUCCCCAUAAGUGAAGUCGGGCCAAUUUUAGGUCAACUCACAAAUGCUCUGUCCCACCUGGGUUCUGUGGGAAUAGUGCACGCUGACCUCAAAUCUAGAAACAUCAUGGUUGUAAAUCGCCAUGAGUCUCCCAUCAAAGUCAAACUCAUAGACUUUGGCCUCGCAUGUCCUGCGUCUGCAGUAAUGCCUGGUGACCGUGUGGGGACGGUUGGUUAUAGUGCACCUGAGGUUAUGCUUGGCCUUCCUUUUAAUGAAGCAAGUGACAUGUGGUCUCUGGGUCUGGUAGCUGUGGAGCUUGGUACAGGGUUGCCACUCUACCCUGGAAAUGAAGAUUAUGAUGUUUUGAAAUUCAUCAUAGAGACUCAGGGUCAGCCACCAGAUCAUGUUCUAGAUUCUGGCGUGUACACUGAAGACUAUUUCAUUGAAGACAACUACAAGCAACAGCGCUGGACCUUUAAGACUGACCAACAAUUUCAGUACGAGACAGGAUAUGAAUCCCUGGAGACUCGAUACAUAAAACUUAAAUGCCUUGAUGACCUUGAACAAGUAAUGAAGGUUAGACGAGGACCUGAAAAUGGCCAACGUUUGUUUGUCAGCUUAAUUAAACAGAUGUUGGCCUUGGAUGCAAACCAGCGCAUAACACCUUCGGAGGUUCUCCGGCAUCCCUUUUUCGACCCUAAGAGUUCCCUGUGCAUUGACGCAAGUAGCACAAGGGGACAAAACCCUGUGGUCUUUCAGCAGCCUUCAAACUUGAAAAGUAAGAGAUCACAGAAAAUCAACUGCAGUUUCCAAAACUCUGUUGAAUUUUCUCAACAAGUGCACAUCAACACGUCAGCCAGCCCAUCCUUCAACUCAGAUGAGCUUGAAAUAGUUGAAGGGAGCAUUUUGGGAAACCACUACAAGGUAGAGGCUUUACUUGGAGAAGGGGCUUUGGUAUUGUAGCCAAAUGUCGCG